GACAGAUUUGAACAGGGGGAAAAAAAAUUCUGGGGAACAUCAAACCUCGUUACGCCAACUCUCAAACAGUUUCGAUUUCCUUGUGGAUAAAUCGUUCUGUUCCUACCAAAGAGCAAGUGCAGACUCUUCUUAGUUGUGGCAAGUGACAGGUACCAGAGCUUGUUGUACAGGGCUGCUGGAGGGAAGCUUCCUCUUAGUUUUCCUCCUUGGAAUUCCCCUAAGCCUCUAACAUUUCAGCUGUGACUUGCCUGGCUCAUUUCCUCCUUAUUUCUAUGAGCCCAGAGCAGUGAGAACAGCUCUCCUGCUGUUCUGGUGCUGAAUCCGGAUUGAAGGAACAGGAACCACUUGCUUUCCUAAGUGAAGUUCACAGAAAGGCAGAAAAUCCUUCUGGCUGACAUCUGUACUUUUUCAAACUUUUCUAACCUCAUCUGAAGGAGAAAAAGGAGAGUAAGCACUGUAAAAGAGUGCUGAACAAAACCCACCUGGAGUCUUGCAAGUGAAUCAAAUUGCUGUGCUGUAUAUAUAGAAAACAGCACUAACAUGGACGCAUCCUGAGUGGAAACCUUGCUGCAGCAGAGACAACAAGAGACAAAUCAUGGAUUCAGCAUCUGUGUCUGAAAAUGGCUACCUUGAUUUGCUGCUUUGUGAUAUUGAUCCAGUGCAUCUAUUUACAUUCUCAGAUCCUAAGUCAUCUGGAAAUGAAGGUGAAUUCUUUGCAGAUCCUGAAAUUGAUACCUGCAACUAUGAACAAUUCAAUAAUAUGGAUUUCCUGUGUACAAUGGAAAAUGAUGAAAAUGAGGAUGAAUUGUAUCUUUCUUCCAGUGCCAGAGAUGCUUAUGCCAGAAUAGCUGAAUUAGCAGAAUAUGUGCUCAAGGACCAGCAUGAGAAGCAAGUGGAAGACGUUUUUGCAGGGAGCCUUAUUUUGGAUGAAAUGGUUCUUGAAAACACUGAGAAAUUCACUGACGUAAAGAAGCAGAAAUGUCACAAAAGAACCUUUUUAAGCUCUGCAGAGAAUUGCUCUGACGCUUCAGAACCUAAAUACAAGAAAAUUGUGGAUGCCCCUGCAGUAUCAACAGGGAAUGGAUGUUUCCUUACGAUGUCUCUCAACAGCCAUUCAUCUGACUGCACCCCACUAACUCACCAGCACAUGCCCUUUUCUGCUACCACUAUCAAUGCACUGGGAAAUUUUGUAAUUCCUGGGUCUUCAAUACCUUUGAUUCCAGAGAGUCUGCCACUUGGCAUGAAAGACAACAGAGAGAACAUAGACUUUGUGGAUCCUGCUCAGCAGAAAAUUAAUUAUUUUCUUGGAAAUGGCCCAUCUAAUGCUAUAAAAUAUCCAGCACUGACUUCCUCCACUGAAUUAAUGGUAUCCCCAAGUUUUCAAGUUAAUUUAAAUGGCUUAGAAAUGUACAAAGAAGUCCAAGUUCCAGUAAUUCUUUCUGAAGAAACUUCAAGAAGACCAAGGUCAGUGGAAGCUUUCCGUACAUCACUUAUGGAUUACUUCCGAGAUGUAUGCAAAUCUGUGUCUGUGGAGCGUGAAAUAUCUCUUGAUCACAUGUAUAUUGAUGGUACACUUAGGCAAAGCCAAAUUGAAACCAAGCCUGGGAAGAACAGCGUAAGAUCAGUAGAAAGGGACUCAAUUACUUACAGUCAGAAAGGGAAGGAAAAGGCAGUACUUGAAAGAAGCCAAAUAUUUCAAAUCCCAGGAGGUAAAGAGUUAGAGACUAAAGUGAUUGUGGUGCUGGGAAAAGCAGGAAUGGGCAAAAGCAUUCUUGUUCAGAAGAUCUGCCAGGACUGGUCCAAUGGAGAGUUUCCUCAGUUUGAAUUUGUCUUUUGGUUUGACUGCAAACAAAUAAGCUUGCCUGAGAAGUGGUACAGCUUGAAAGAUCUACUUCUUGAUUUUUUUGUAAAACCUCAGGAGGGAAGCAAAGAGAUCUUCGAGUAUAUACUUCAAAAUUCUACUAAAGUCCUUCUGGUUUUUGAUGGUUUGGAAGGGUUGCACGGCCAUGAGAAUUUUCCUCAUUGUUCAGCCAGCCAGCCUAACAAAGACUUGUGCCGCAUGAAGGAGCUGCUUUCGGGACUCAUCCAAAAGAAGGUACUCAAUGGCUGUACGUUAUUACUUACAGCAAGAACAAAAGAAAAGGUGUGCCAGUAUGUGUCCAAAGUGGAUAAGACUAUUGAAAUAGUAGGAUUCUCCCCUCUGCAGAGAGAACUGUACAUAACCAAAUACUUUGAAGGAUUACCCUCAUGCGAUAAUGCACUGAAUUUAAUCAAAGAGCGUGAGUACCUCUUCAGUCAUUGUUACAGCCCUGUUAUGUGUAGAUUUGUUUGUUUUUUCUGUGAGGCAAUACUUGAAAUGGGAGACCAAGGCCUUCCUUCAACCCUUACUACACUCUUCCUGAAAUUUGUUCAGCAAAAAAUAAUGCCUACGCAAACAGAUGUUACAGACGUUACAGUUGCACAAAACCAAGAGAAUCUUGCUACACUAGCCUGUAUAGCCUGGUAUCUUGGAGAAAAGCACCAAAGUGCCAUGAAAAGUGAUCUUCUUCCAUCUAAGAAAGUUAAAGAGUUUGCUCUGAAAAAUGGAUUUUUCCUGCCAUUUGCAUUCCCCAAACAUUCAGGUACAGGAGAAGAGGAAUACGGGACCAUGUUCUCCGAUUUUGUCAUUCAGAAUUUCUUGGGUGCACUUCACCUUAUAUUAGCAGAAGGCAUCAAGGACAAAAGUCUAAUAAAAUAUCUGUCUUUUCCAUCCAAAAAGAAGAAACCUUAUAACUGGUUACAUUUAGUGCCUCGAUUUUUGGCUGGAUUGUUAUUCCUUCAGGAUGACAUCUUCUGCUCUUCAAACAAGAGUGUAAAAAAAUCAACCAAGAAGCAGAAAAUGCUCCUGAAAUAUAUUAAAAGGUUGCAAAUAAACAACCUCUGUCCAGAGAGGUUACUUGAGCUUUUGCACUGUAUUUAUGAAACACAAAACAAUUAUCUCUUGCAGCAUGUGGCCUUGAGGCUCAAGCCAGACCUGUCCUUUCUGGGCAUUGUUCUUACACCACCAGAUGUCCAUGUACUGUCCUCUACUUUAAAGAAAUCAAGAAAAGAAUUUUCCUUGGAUUUGCAGAACAGCAGUAUUGACACGCACGGGCUAAAAGAUUUGGUUGGCCUGAAGAAUGUGACAUCAUUCAGGGCCUCCCUGAGUGAUACAAUCAAGCUAUGGAAAUAUUUAGAAAAGACAAAAGACUAUGAACUGCUGAGAGUGUCAACAGAAAAAUUUGUUCUUGAUCCCUUUAAGGCAAAGACAAUGAAAGACAUCAGUGACCUUUCUGACCUUGUAGAAAUGCAGGAGAUAAUAAUCAAUAGUGUUCAAGAUGCCUCCGGUUGCAGCAACUAUGAAAUUCCUGCCGUAAAAAACCUGAGAAAACUAGAAUUUGCUCUGGGUCCAGCGUGUGGCCUUCAGGGACUCCUAAAACUCGUGGAAAUUCUUGCAGCAUUUCCAUCACUGCAGCAUUUAGACCUUGAUGCUCUGAGUGAAAAUGGAAUAGGAGACGAAGGAGCAAAGAGUCUGUCUGAAGUCUUUCCAACACUGACAUCACUGGAAACAUUAAACUUAUCACAGAAUAAGAUAACAGAUGUGGGCGCAGAGAAACUAGCUACAGCCCUUCCCUCCUUGUCUUCAUUAACAACACUGAGCUUAUACAACAAUAGCAUUUGUGAUUUUGGAGCGGAAAACCUUGCAAAAGUCCUUCCUGCAAUGGCUUCUUUAAGAGUGCUGGACAUUCAGUAUAACAAAAUAACUGGUGUUGGAGCCCAACAGCUGACUGACAGCCUAAGAAAAUGCCCCCAUAUAAAAAAUUUGGUGAUGUGGAAUCCUACAAUUCCAUAUGGAGUUCUUGAACACCUUCAACAGCUGGACUCUAGAAUCAGUGUGUAGGUUCAGAUGAUCCUAUAAAGGUAACAUGAAGAAGAGGGGAAGGUGUCUUCUGUGUUUUCCUAUCUUACCACUUUACGAAGCAGGAAUUAAAUGCCAACUUUCAUGAUAGUGGCAACAUGAAAAAAGUCACACUGAACCUUCUGGGUGAUGCUUGAAGUGGGUGAAUGAUGGAGUUCACAUUUUUAAGAGGUCAUUUAAAGUGCUUUUUAAAAACUCAGCUGCGUCUCCAUUGAAUUGAUGAACAGCUAACACAUUUCACAGAAGAACAACUGGAUAAUUUUCACUAUUAAAAGUGAACAGGAGUCACCAGCUUAUUGACAGUAGAUUCUAUCGAUUCAUUGAAGUGUACGCUACAAGCUGCUGCACCUGCAACAUAUGAAGUCAUGAGAGAUGAAAACUAAUUGUUUCGUGGUGCCACUGAUAAACACAAUUAAGUUUGAUUUUGGACUACCAAAGUUGAAGUUUUCACUGUAAGUCUGGAUUAAAUGCAAGUGUCUGGGUCAGGAGCAUAAGAACAACCAGACUGGAAAACAGUCUGAAAUUGUGAUGUUGUCCUUGGGAAUCUAGAAGUGGCUCUUUUCUUCAUGCUCGUUAUCAAUGCUGUCUUAAGAAAGGUAUUUUUUAUCAAAUAACUGUCUUGUUACAGAUUCCUUCAAAAAGACUGGAGGGAGAAGAGAGAUGAAUUAAAACUGGAAAACUAUCAGGGAUUUUUCUGAUGAUGUGACAGAAAUCCAAUUAUAUACAAACAGCUCCAGCCUAGUGCACAAAAAUCUUCAGAGUGACAUUGCUUAAAGGUUUUUACUCUGUCACAAAUGGAAACUUUACAAGUGUGAGGCUUUUUCUAUUUUUUAGUGAAAGAAUUUCACUGACUGCGAGCUAUUACAAAAAGAGAUUCUGGGUUGUAAAGUGUCAGCUAAAGUAUUUGUGCAUGAAAUUCUGAGGAACUGAAAACAAAAGUUGGACUUCUGAAACCAAUUUUUCUUCUCAUUCAUAUAUCUGAAUUGAGAUUUAAUUGUCACCUGCAAGUGUGAGACUAAAUGCACAAGCAUCUAUUUUAUACUUGAAAAUGAAAUCACUACUUUGUAUUCUUGAUGUCGUCUGCUUCUACAGAGCUAAGAAGAAUUGGGCAAUGACGGGAAUCAUGUAUUUCAAAGAAUUAACAUGGAUCUGUUCUGCUGCCCUCAGUGUUAUUCGAGCCAAAUCCUGGUCCUGCUGAAAGCAAUAGCAAAACAGUAGAUGCAAGCUGGCAGCAGGAAAACAAAGUUGGAUGGUAGAAGCUAGCAUUCAGUAUGCUACAGAUUGGGAAGGGAGGCUGUGUACUUCAUUUUGCUAACUUGUUCAGCAGCCUCUUUUAAGUCUCUUUUGCUAGGAAGCACUGACAACACUGAU